GAUAGACGUGGGGAGUGUGUGUGGUGUGGACUCGCUUCUCCUUCCCUCCUCGCGGCGGGACGUCAGCCACCACCAGAGGCAGCAGCAGAGCACCGCCUCUCCUCUUCCUCCUCCCCAUCCUCCUCCGCGCGCGGCCAUGGCGCCUCUAUCCACCGCCGUCCGCCUCCUGCGCUGCCCCGCGGCACCGCGCGCGGUUCCUUCACCGCCCGCCAGCCUAUCCGGGGCGGCAGCGCGCUCGCGGUGCCGCCGCCGGCUCCGGUCGCUGCGCCUGCGCGCGGAGGCGGCCAAGGAGGCGGGGGUGGGGGAGCUGAGGGCCGGGGUGUCCGUCUACAAGCCGCGCUCCUACGAGGUGCUCGUCUCCGACGCCGCCCGCUCCCUCGCCGCCGCCAUCGACGACGGCAGGACCCGCCUCGAGAUCGAGUUCCCGCCUCUGCCCAGCAGCAUCUCCUCUUACAAGGGCUCUUCGGACGAGUUCAUCGAUGCCAACGUCCAGCUCGCUCUCGCUGUUGUAAGGGACCUCAAGAAGCUCAAGGGGACUCGGUCCUGCAUAGUGUUUCCUGAUCAACCAGAGAAGCGAAGGGCCGCGCAGAUAUUCAAAACGGCUAUAGAUCAGAUCGAGGGUAUAUCAAUCGGUUCAUUGGAUGAUCUGCCCACCGGGCCUGUCGAUACCUUCUUCAAAUCGAUAAGAAUUACCCUUGAUUUCGAUUUUUCUGAUGACAACGAAGAUCGAUGGAAGUCUGACGAACCACCACAACUAUAUAUCUUUAUCAACAGCAGCACACGUGACCUUGCAUCUAUAGAGAAGUAUGUGGACCAAUUUGCUGCCUCUGUACCUGCUGUUCUCUUUAACCUUGAACUAGAUACCUUGCGUUCUGACUUGGGGCUUCUGGGAUUCCCCCCAAAAGAUUUGCAUUACCGGUUUCUUUCUCAGUUCACCCCAGUAUUUUAUAUCAGACAGCGUGACUACUCCAAGACAAUUGCAGUUACUCCAUACAUAGUGAACUACAGUGGCGCUGUCUUCCGUCAAUACCCAGGGCCCUGGCAAGUCAUGCUUAAGCAGGCUGAUGGUUCCUAUGCAUGUGUUGCGGAGAGUGCAUCUCGGUUCACCUUGGGGCAGGCCAAGGAUGAACUAUUGAGAGUUCUCGGUUUGCAAGAAGAGGUCGGAAGCCAGCUUGAAUUCCUCAGAAGAGGAUACAAGAAUGCUACUUGGUGGGAAGAAAAUUUUGAUCAGGAGAAAUCACCCGCAUGGCGAACUUGAGAGGCAGCUGCUGGUUCAGCGCCGAAUUGCCGACCCGACUUACAAAUGGAGAUAUAUAGGCCAAAAAAAAAUGUUCAUAAAGGUCCCCUGGAAACAGAGUGUUCACGAACCCUGAGCUGAUGGCGCAAAAGAAGCCCACACACCAAUAUUGUAGUCAUGCAGUGGAGACACUGAUAUGAAUUAUGGGAGGAAAUUGUCCUUGCCUUUUUUUUUGCUGAUUAGUUAUGUGCUGAGUAUGUACAAGUGAAAUGCAUGUGACUCUAAUAUCCCAGCAAACUGAUUUUGAGUAUUUCA